AUGGCGCAGCAGAGUUCAAGCUCUUUGCAUGCACACCUUGGUCCCAUCCCCGUCCGGGGAACGAUCACAAGUGAGCAGCGGGAGCAGAUCAAAGCUGCCACGUCUUGCUCUGCGGCAGUCAGGGAGCGGAACCAGUGGGGCGCCCGGAUGCUGACUGUCACUGGCCCAGCCAACGGGCUGCAAGAAGCCCAUAGCAUGGCCGUGAAGUCCAUAGAGGAGAACGGUGAAGAUAAGGGUCGUGCAGAUCCUGCUGCUGCCAGUGCCAAGAAUGAAAGCAAGAAGAAGUGGCAUGGUUCCUGGCACUCCUGGUCCACUUGGGAUGCUGACAAAUGGGUUCCGAGAAGCGAACAUGAGGAGCUGCAAAACCGCCUCAAAACAGCGGAAGGGACCAUUGCUGGUUUGCAGUGGCGUAUGAGCUGCUGGGAAAGCUGGCACUACUACCAAGGGCAACCCAGCUACGGCUAUGUGUACCAGAGUGCAGAGGCUCGCCCUGCACGUGAGCCCCGCGCAGAGCCUUGCCCGGGAAAAGAUGAAAGAGAUGAAAGAGACCGCACCCGAGACCCCAGCAGGAGCUAUGACCGACGUGACACCGUGUCACCUUUGGAAGAAAGCAACAGGACCAUCCUGCCUGAAGAGACACACACAAAGGAGUCUCAUGCCAAAAAGCGCAAGAAGAAGAGGAAGGACCGCCAGCGAUGGUCUGAGGAUACGGGGCAUGGGGAUCAGCAUGAUCAGCGGCAUUGGCAGAGGAAGAACGCAUGGGCAAGUUGUGGCAAUUUGUGCUUGUGCAUGACCGCAGCCAUUUUAGCAGGUUCUUUUCCAGGAAGAAGCUGGAGGAAGGCUCGUCCUCUUCCGUGCAAAAAUGGAGGAAGGCUCGUCCUCUUCCGUGGCAAGAAGGCUUGUCCUCUUGUUUCUGAUAUGAAGAGAAAAAGGCCCAAUUUUGACACCUUUGUUCCUCCGACUGUGACUUUGAGCGUGGCGGCACGAACAUCUGGGGGAGACAGAAACCAGCUCCGUAAAGGUAUCAUCAGGCCUUUGCUGGAGGAUUCCGUGUACGGGCACAUUCUCCAAAAGUGCCCUAUCCAAUUCACCAACGGCGAGGCAUAUGAAUGGGAAUACAUAAACCCGUUUGCUCUCAUUCACCAAUAUACUUCAGCCCGACCACGUUUUGGCGAUAUGCUGCGGGGGGCUGGGUCCGUACGGAUCGCUUUUUACAUGGAUGAAACUGCACCAGGCAAUGUGCUUCGCCCAGAUCAUGGUCGAUCACUGGCGUGCUUCUACUGGACAUUGAUGGAACUACCGUCCUGGUUUCGGAGCCGCCACUGUGGCUGGUUUUAUUUCGGGCUUUUUCCUCUGUCGCUGGUGGAGCACGUAGCAGGUGGCUAUUCUUUCCUGUUUGCCUUCAUGGUGAAAACAUUCUUUGGCAAAGGAUUGCUAGCAUGGGAUUUCGACAGGACAGGCAUUUGCUGCAAAUCAAGUGGUGGAGACUUCAUUUUGAAAGCGCGUUUCGGGGCCCUACUUUCAGACGAGAAAGCAAUGAAAGAGCUCUGGUGCACGAAAGGUGCUAGUUCCUACAAGCCUUGCCACCUGUGCAAGAAUGUGAUGGGCCGGGUGGACCUGCCAGACCGCGGCUACUUGGUGCACUACACUUGCACAGAUUCAAGCCGCUUUGAUUUGCAUACUGCUGACAGUUUCCAGACUAUGGCACAGAAUCUGAAGCUUGAAGCUGGCAACCUGAGCAAAAAAGACUUCGAGCGAUUGGAGCAAUCUUACGGGCUUGUUUUCGACCCUCUUGGCAUCUUGUGGUGUGAAGAUUUGGGAGGCAUUGUCAACCCUGUAUCACACACCUACUGGGACUGGAUGCAUAUAUUGAUGGCCUGUGGUGGGAUUGCUCAGUAUGAGUUCAAUCAAUAUGCUAGGCGCCUUUGCAGUGCUGGCGUGUCCUUGCGGGCCCUUGACGAUCUUGCUGCGGAGAUUGUGUGGCCAAAGGGUGCUUAUUGGUCAAAGAAAUAUUUCCAAAAGCGUGUGGUGGAUAAAGACGGUGCCCAUUUAAAGGCGUUUGCCAAUGAGCUUUUCCAGUUGACGGACAUUUGGCGCUUAAUACUCCAGCUGGUGGUGCGCCCGGCUGGCAUCCUGGAGCUGGAAACCAGAAGUUUAGAGAGCAUGAUGAAAAUCAUUGACAUUUUGUCAAUGCAGGAAGAGGCGUUGCCUCUUGUUGGUGACUUGGAAAUCGAAAUUGCCCAGCACCACGCUUGGUUUCUAGAACUUUACCCGGAUUGCAACAAGCCGAAAACACACUGGCUACGACAUGUUCCGUCCUUGUUCAGGGAGUUUGGCUGCAAUCUCAGCUGCUUCAGCCCUGAGAAGAAGCACAAGGGAGUGAAGCAGCUGGCGCUUUUGAUUUCUGCCAACGUUGAGAAAGGAGUCUUGUACCGCGCAGUUGCAGAAAAUUUCUCUUCUUUCUCCAAUGAUGAAAAUAUGCUGCGCCCUAUUUUCCUGGAACGGGCGCAGGACAUGGAAGCUGAGUGGCUGCGGGCAUUCUAUCCGGACAUGCAAGAAGCGAAUGUUUCAAAGACACUGCGUUUUGAAGGUGGACGGGUGUCAGCAUCAGAUAUGCUAUGGUUUCCGGCUACAAAGCACCUUGCUCAGGCAUCCUUCUUUUUGCAGGUUCGGCUUUUGAACUCCUCUGAGUUCUUGAUCCACGGGGACUUAUAUCAGCAGGUUCGGGACAGCAAUACUUUUCGAAGCACUGGCGUUGCCAGGCUUUUUGUUUGCACUAAGGACAUGGCUCGCCUUCAAUCUUUGCAAGGCUCGCUUGCAGAGACUUGCGCCAUGAGCGCCGCUAGCGAAGUGCCUGCUACUGCCACUGCAGAAGCUCUCCCCGAAUCUGCGGCCAGUGAAGCUACCGAAGCGGCUUCUCCAGCUGAGACGGCAACAUCUUGUGCAGAAACGCCUAGUGGCGUAGUUCCUCUGGACAAGGUGGAGACCGGCCCUGGACUUCCAGCAGAAAAUUUGUGUUCCACCUGCAGGAAGCCUGUCUCUGAGGAGAAUGGUGUGGUUGUGGCACGGGCAGUGGGGAAGACAGCUACUUCUUUGCGCUGCAGGGCAUGCCACAAUUUAAAAAGUAGGAUCGACCGGGUGUUGAGCCACUAUGGCUCAUUGGCCCAGGAUUGGACGAAGGUGACUGAAAAUGAGAAGAAAGAAUUUUACAAGAAGUACAAGGAGCAGGCGGGACCGGACCUUCUGACCAGGCUCCAGGAGACAGUGACGGAAAGCAAGAAGACCAGCAGCGCCGUCUCCUUCGAGGGCACCGGCGAUUUCCUGGACGAGAUAGAUUUGGAGGAGAAGUACAAGAACAAGCCAGAUCAAUUGGCCGCUAGUAAGGCCAACACCCGGACCUACUUCUGUCCAGUUCGACAGGUGCAGCUUUUCGAGGAUGUGAAAUAUAAGCGCACGGCUGUGGAGACCGAGGAGUACGCGAAGGUGCAGAAACGCAAGAGGCAAUCAAUUCCGCUUGAACAAGGUGAACGUGAUGAGACGGCUGCAGAUUCGAGCCAGUGCAAGAAGGGCAAGAAAGAAGCAGCCAAAAGUGAGCUGCCGCAGUUGAAG